AUGACGUGGUUUUGUUUGGGUUCAACCUCACGCUCUGCUAGCGGGACCGAGAAAAGUCUCACCUUUUGUGUUUCUCAUUCUGUAAUGAAUAAAGGAAAGGUCAGCGGAGUUUCGUGGGUGAAACCGGAAGAACCGACCUUUCUGAAAAAGUUUAAAAACGAUGUUGGCUACAAAGAAGGUCCGAAUGUUGAUACAAAGCGGCAGGAAAUGCCGACGUUGGACGAUGACAGUGGAAGCGAUCGUGAGGAUGAAUUGCCCCAAGUAGUGGUUUUGAAAGAAGGAGACCUCACCACAGAGGAGGCAAAUCAGCUGAAGGAAAAGCUUCAUCCCAGCAAUGCAAAAGACCAAGAGGAGUCACAGGCUGAUGGCAAAAUCCUCUUCAAGAAACCGACCAAACGAUCCUCCUCUGACAAGUUCCAAGGGAUCACUGCCAGCUCCAGCAAGAAGAAGAAGGAUGCAGGGGAGAAGGAGGAGAAGAAGGGGGCCAGUUCAGGAAAGAAAGUAAAAAACAACAGCCUUCUUUCUUUUGGGGGUGAUGAAGAGGAAGAGGACUGAUUACAUCCGUCCGCUGUACUCGGGAGGAACCAAACAAGCAUCGGAAUUCAUUGUGAAACUGCAAUAACCAUGUUCCAACAGUUUCAGUCUAAUUUACUUUUUUAGGAUUUCCACAAAUGCACCUCUGUGAAGCGCAAACACAUGCCGUCUUCCUGUAGUGGUCAGAAGGGUUCAGUGAUGCAGACAGCAUAUGCAUCACUGUUUCCAGCAGUGAUGCAUAUGCUGUCUGUGAACUCGACAUAUUUCUAUUGCUUUCGAAUAACAUCAGAUGUAAAAUGUAGUUUUGAAGUUCAGCCCAAUGUCAAGAAACCAGCUUAGUUUCUAUAUACUUUGUUAGCCAAAUCGUAGAGAUAAACAGGCAGAUGAUGUUCCUUCACUCUUGUCCCAGGUACUUGUAACAGUCUGUAACAGGAAUAAUGCCGAGCCGGAAUCUACCUUUCCGGCUUGCUUCCUUGGCCUCCUAUUUUUCAUACACCUAAAUGUGUGUGUGUGUGCGAAACCAUCCCUGGUGUUACUUUGUACUAUAUUAUUCUGGAACUCCUUAUUGUGGAAUAUAUCUAGUACAUUCAAUGUUUUAUUGAAUAUAGAUUAGAUAGAUAGAAAAGGAGUUGUGACGUUUGAUCAAGAAACGUUGCAUUCUUCUCAAUGUGAUUUCAUGGCUGUGUUUUAAAUGUGUUCAUGUUCAAUGAUUUUUUUUUUUACUUUGGAAUAGUAAAGUGAGCUUGAUGUCAGUUAUCGUUGAUGCUUAUUUGGAUAUUAGAAAGAAUGAUUCUGACAUGGCGUCCAUAUUAAAUGCGCUUAAAUUAAGGCCACCCAAGGACAAGAUAUAAACUGUUCUGUAUUUUAAGGGGCCUCUGCUCAAAUUAAUAUCACAUCAUGAAAAAAACAAGACAAGAGGGGCACCCGCAGAGAUUCCCCUUUCCACCUGAAAUGGCAGCAAUAAACCUGCCUUUGG